ACUACGUUAGUAGCGUAGUUCGAGAUCCGGGAAACGAUUUCUUCGAGGAUGUUUUAAAAUACAAAUCUAAUUCGCAAUUGAAAUUCGAAUAUAAGUUGGCCGACUUGAAUAAUCAUAAUCUGGUCAC